GGGUAGCGGUUGCAAUGCAAUCUGUAUAAAUAUUGCACGUAUUAUCAUACAAAAAACAAAAGCGUUAUAUUGAUAGGGUUCCCCCUUUAACCAGAAAGAUGACUUUCUUUGAAGACACUUUAAUAAUCCUGAUUUCCCAGACGGUGUUCUUCGUAGGCGGUUGGAUAUUCUUUGUGAAACAACUGUUUCGUGACUAUGAAGUUCAUCACACGCUGGUGCAGUUAAUCUUUUCUGUGACCUUCGCAUUGAGCUGCACUAUGUUUGAAUUAAUUAUAUUUGAGAUCAUAGGAUACUUGGACUCAAGUUCCCGCUACUUUCACUGGAACCUGGGGCUGUACUCCUUACUGUUCAUGGUGAUUGCCCUGCUACCGUUUUACAUUGCAUACUUCUGUAUCAGCAACAUCAGAUUUGUGUCCCAGAACAUGAUAAGGCCACUAACAGUAUUUGUGUGGUUCAUCUAUCUGUAUUUCUUCUGGAAAAUAGGUGAUCCAUUCCCUAUAUUGAGUCCAAAACAGGGUAUAUUUUCGAUAGAGCAAGGUGUGUCGCGAAUAGGCGUCAUUGGAGUGACUGUGAUGGCUCUCCUCUCUGGGUUUGGUGCUGUUAACUAUCCAUAUACCUCUAUGGCUAUAUUUAUAAGGCCUGUAACCCAAGCCGAUGUCCUAUCAAUAGAGAAGAAAUUACUUCAAACAAUGGACAUGAUUCUAGUGAAAAAGAAAAGGAUAGCACUAGCGGAGGCUAACAACGUUGGAGGGAGACAGCAAUAUGGCUUGUUAGACCAAUCAAACAAGAACAAGGGAUUUUGGACGAAUUUCUUGUCAAGUGUUGGCAGCAUCGCCAAUCCGCUCAGUCAUAGCUCAGAGAACAUUACCCAACUCCGGCAAGAGAUCGCCGCGCUCGAGGAGCUAAGUAGGCAGUUGUUUCUAGAAGCCCACGAUGCCAGAACGGCCCGAGAGAAGGCCGACUGGUCCAAAACCUUCCAGGGGAAAUACUUUAACUGUCUCGGUUACUUCUUCUCGCUCUACUGCAUUUGGAAGAUAUUUAUUUCAACAAUAAACAUAGUGUUCGACCGCGUGGGUAAGAAAGACCCGGUGACCCGCGGGUUGGAACUGGUCGUACAUUGGCUCGGGCUCAGCAUCGACGUGGCGUUCUGGUCCCAACACGUGUCUUUCAUCCUGGUCGGCUGCAUCGUGCUUACCAGCAUACGCGGCCUACUGCUCACACUCACCAAGUUCUUCUACGCGAUAUCAUCAUCGAAGUCAUCCAACAUCAUCGUGCUAAUACUAGCUCAGAUCAUGGGCAUGUACUUCUGUUCAUCGGUUCUAUUAAUGCGAAUGAACAUGCCACCGGAAUACCGCAUCAUCAUCACGCAAGUGUUAGGGGACUUGCAGUUUAAUUUCUAUCACAGAUGGUUUGACGUGAUUUUCUUAGUUAGCGCGCUUACUAGUAUAUUCACGUUGUAUUUAGCGCAUAAGCAGCCUUCGGUCAGCUAGCUUGGCUGGUAGGUUUAGUUAGGUACCUAUGUUACUUAUUUAUAAGUCAGCAGCAAAUAUUUAUGCGCUGAGAAAUU